UACGAUGUCGAAGGAUUUUUGGAACGCACCAACGAACACGCGGUGUCGAUGAUUUCAUUUUGCGACGUGACGUCCAACUAAUAGCUCUUGCUUGCACUUGCUUUUCUCGAUUACCGAUUGAUGACGCGAAAUUCAUCAGUGAUUAUCUCCAGCAAUUAUUCGCAAUAAGAGAAAGUAAAUUUAAUUAUCCGAAAAAGUGAUCGCGUUUCUUUUAUUGUAUUUACAAUUAUCUCUUUCUAAAUUACUUUUUACUUCUCCUAUUUGAUCUUUAACUUUUUUUCUCUAUCAAUUCAAGUUUUUAUCAAAGUCGAAAAUAAGUGAACAAUUUCUAGAAAGAAAAUCAGUGCGAGUGAUUAAUAAAAUCGAAAAAAUGCGUUAAGGAACAUUCCUCAAUGGCUGCCAUGUACAACGCGCAGAUGGUCUCGGAGGAACUUCAUCAACACUCGAGACACCUCUACAGCAUCCAGCACAGACUCCAAGAUCCCAGCUCAUCCCCAAGGUCCGAGGAGCCGAAAUCACCGAAACUCCGCUCAGAGGAUAUACAUUUCGCAACUCUAGAAGAGAAAUCAAGAAUUCGAUACCCGGAAAAUUCGGAUUCCCUCACAAAGAGAUUCGUCGAGAACCAAACGUUAUUCAAAGAAGAACCCCUAACAAUGAAGUUCAUGGAGGACAGAUUUCGUGAACCCGGGUCCUCACCGGGAAGUUCACCCUCGACCCAACAGCACAAUGCAGGAAAGACCUCGUUCUGCAUCGACGCCCUUCUCGGCAGAGUCACCAGUAAAAAUGAUCUCGACAUGAAAUCUCGACCCUACCGAACAUCAGAAAUAACUCCCGACAUUGUCGACGAGAAGGAGAGUAAUUCUAGUCUCCAAAAUCAGGAGAGUGAAGAGAGAAGAAAUUCCCUCGGCAAUCCUCUUCUGCCAUUCGUGCAGCAGCAUAUCGUGAGAUCAGAGGAUGACCUGAGAAACAGAAGACUCCUGAAUCCGGAUCAUCGACAAUUACUCAUGAGAAAUGACUCGUCGUCUCGGGGUCAAUUUCGCUCGAUUCCGGACUCGGGAAAUAGUGGUGGACGAUAUAGGAACAGAAUGGACGAUGAUGAGGCGUCAGUGGACGUGGAUGCGGAGGUCGAUCCCUCAAGAACUGGGAGUGCAAGUCCCGGUAGUAAUACUAGUCGUAGUCCAACUUCGAGUCCUCCGAUUUCCCCGGGAUCGGAGGAUCCGACUGGAAAUGGGAUUUUGGGCCACCAGAGUAUGGCCAACAAUCCGUAUGGUGUGGGUGCGGGAGUGGUGAGACAAAAUCAGGGACUGUUGAUUCAUCCUGGAGGGCCUCUCAUCCAUCCUGGGGGAUUGUACUAUCAUCCGGCUGGCGGGAGCGCGUUUCACUCGAUACACAAGGAGGGACAGCCCGUGGGUCAUCCUCAGUCCGGCGGCCCUCAUCCUCAUCAUCUUCAUCCUCUUCAACUCGAGUGGUUGGCGAGGACCGGUAUGCUGUAUCCCAGGUUGCCUGCUGAUCUUGCUGGUUGUGCUGCUCAACACGCGCUCUUAGGAAAAACAAGAAGGCCCCGAACAGCCUUCACCUCUCAACAAUUGUUAGAAUUAGAAAAACAAUUUCGACAAAACAAAUAUCUCAGCAGACCAAAGAGGUUCGAAGUGGCCACCUCGUUAAUGUUAACAGAGACGCAGGUUAAAAUCUGGUUUCAAAAUAGAAGAAUGAAAUGGAAACGGAGCAAAAAAGCACAACAAGAACCAAGAUCGGGCGGAAAGGCAGAUGAUACGGGAAAUUCGCGUGACAAUGGAAAUGAUGUUUCAAUAAAUGUGUCCGCCGCCACGGAAGACUCGAGAGAAACCUCCCAGGAGAAUUCGAGAAACAUCUCCGAACUUCAAGAACCUCUUUAUCGUCCCUAUGUUGUGUAAAUUCUACGAAAAAGUUAAAAUAACAAAAGAGACUAAAAUCAAAGAAUUCGGUUGACAUAAACCAGUGUAGCAAAAUGUAUGAUAAAGAAUGUGUGCUCACUGCUCAAUAAAAAAAAUUGAUGUAAAAAGUGUCAUAAAUAUAUAUAGAGAUAACAAUUCUCAUUCGUUUUUACUUUUUUUUCAUUUCAAAAAUAGAAAUUUUUUCCGCAUUUUUCGUAAAUACUCCGAACAUUUUUUUACAGAAAAUUAUAAAUUUUUUCUACGAAUAAUUAAAAUUUCCUGUUACAAAAAUAGAAUAAAAUUGAAGCACUUCUGAUACAUCGAUUAAAAUUGAUUGUUAUUAAAUUUUUAGGACCCGCUAGUAUUGUUUUACGCUUUGUAAUAAAGUAAAUCUUUUUUUGAACAAAAAAAAAUCGUCGUCGUAAAUGUUUUGUUAAAAAAAGGUAAUAAACAUUCCAUAUUGUCGUCGCAAAAUCCAAAGAUUGUAAAUAUAAAUAGGACUAGUUUUAAAGUGUAUAUAUAAAAAAAUCUCGUUCACUCUCAGAUCUACUAGUUAUAAAUAAAUAUAGUUUAAAAAAUUGUGAAGAGUGUGUUUUUAAAAAUGAAAAAGGUAUGUGAAGAAUGAUCUGAGUUUGUUUAUUGAUGAAAUUUUACUGAUGAAAAAUAAAAUAUAGAUGA